AAAAUCGAUUUUAAACCCAGACUUUUGAUCCAAGUUGUGGUCUUUUGUGUGCCAUUAUAACCUGGCAAUUCAUUUUUGUUAAUUUUGUUAAUAGUGUUAAUACUAAAAAUUAAUCAAAAUUAAAUUACAAAUUCAUAAUUAAAUUGACCCAUAGUUAUAUCUGUACAUAUAACUGAUUUCAUUUAUUUUCUUGUGUGAAAAGAGAAUAUACUUUGCCGCUCUCAACAUUUUUUGCUCCCGUUGAUGAUUUUUUGUUUCUUUCUCCCGAACAUCAUUCAACAAUAACAAUAUACUCAUCAGCUGUUAUCUGUCAUCAGUCAUCACUCAUAUCUGCCAUCUGUUUCAACUGCCACCUAUCAUCUCAUACCAUAAAUAGCAUUACAACCUCAAAUUCAUGGUUUGUGCAUGAACUAAGCAUAUAUCAGCAAUUUCCCGUCUGUUCUGGAUACCAUAAACUUUUUUAGUUUUGUCUCAUCUUUUCCCGGUGAGUACACUUUUAGUAGAUGUUCUGCCGGUAGUUUUUUUGAUUCUACAUAAACAAAUAUAUUUGCCUUUUUCUAUUGGUAAUAUAAACAACAACAACUACACAUCGAGUAACAAACAUCGAACUGUCAAAAAAUACAUAAUCUCCACAACCAACAUCUAGCUUAUACGCCAACCUUUCUCAUCGCAUGUUACGUUACGCUAUUUAAAUUACGUAAAGUAAAUUUUAUACUGCUCAAAAAAUAUUAAAGGACAAAACUCAAAUACAAUAAAAAUAAAAAUGUCAUCUUGUACUAUAUGCGAAAAAAUUGCGGACUAUUUGAUUGAUUCAAUAAUUUGUCAUGGAAAUUGUCGAAGAUCAUUUCAUAUAAAAUGUAUUGAUGCUCCGUAUAGCAGUAUUAAGCUUUUCAACAAAAGAAAAUCAUUUUAUUAUUUUUGCGACGAGUGUGAUCCUUUUGUACACACUAACAUUACUCGAGACGUUUUACAAAAUAAAUAUAACCUUGAAAAGUUGCAUGCACAAUUACUCCAUCUUAACGAAAAAAUCGACAAAUUAACUACUUCCUCUAUAAAACAUACUACGGAAUCACAUAAUGAUGAAGUCGAAAUCACUGGUUGCAAUUCUUUAAAUGACACAUCAACUUUAAAGCGAAAAAUUGACAAAACUGAUACCGAAUCAUGUGAAAUAAAUCCCUCGCCGAAAAAGCCUGCUACUUCGAGUUCUAACUCCGCUACCUUACCACCACCUACUCAAUCGAUUACGACGCCACUACCUCCAUCUACCUUAGCAACAUUAAUAGAAUCAACUAUAGUAUCUGAAACCUCAGCAUCGAAAACAGAUCCCAUACAAACACCAUCAACAUCAUCUUUACCUAAUAUAAAACCUUCUUCAUCUCAUAAUACGCGAAAACCAAGUCUUGUCAAUCAUUCAAUUUCACCCAUUACUAGUGGAUUGAAAGUAGUAGAAGGCCAUCGCACAUUAUUUAUAUCUAAACUUGACCCAACUACAAAUGCCCUCGAUAUAAAAAAUUUUAUUUCAAACAAGACAGGUACAUCUUCGCUAUUCAAAGUUGAGAAGAUGAUUCAUCGAAAUUACUCGAAAUAUGCAUCCUUUAAGAUAAGAGUCCCAGAUUCAAUUUUCCAUCUUCUCAAUUCAACAUCGCUUUGGCCAACAGGGAUAAUAAUACAUGAAUUUGAAAACAAACAACAUAAUACGAAAAUCUCAUCCCAUAACCCUUUUCCAAUGAACCGGACAGUGCAAUAUCUUCGAAGAAGCAGCUCCAACAAGUUCUGA